AUGACGACGGGGACGAACACGAGACUGUCAGCGACAGGAUUUCCUGACUUCCUCCAGAACCCUGAACCUGCACAAAACGGCAGAAGGGCUCUUCAUCUGAUUUUCCAGAUGAAUGCUCUCCCGAUUGAAGCGGGAGGACGUAUCUACGAGCUUGAUUGGAUCUAUUCGGUCGUAUGUGCUGGACUGAAUCGACCCGUGCACCUCCAUCUGGAAAGCAACGUCAAGAUGAACGAUUCGCUGACCGUUCUCUUAUUCGAUCCGCCUACACCAGAUUGGUUUUUGGACAUGAGGAAUGAAGGAAUAGUAAAUUUUGGAGCCCUCCAUAUGGGUGACGAGACAUUUUCGCUAAACCGGGAUUGGUAUUCGGCUGGUCCCGACUACAUUUUCCGCAACUACUACAAUGGUGAAAUCUCCCAGCAGGGACCGGCUGUGCAUUACCUUCCUUUGGGAAUGAAAUCAGGCUUCGGCACAAUACCUGCUUCCAUGCUUCCUCGAGCGGAUACACGAAAGUAUCUUUGUAACUUCAUCGGCAGCAAGAGAGGAAACAGACAGGAGAUGCUGACUGUAGUGGAGCAAAGCGGAUUAGCAUGCUUCAUAUCGGCUGACAAGCAGUGGGCAGACCCUCAGGCGUUGCAUGUGAUCACGUAUCGAAACCUACUGGUGGAAUCCGUUUUCACCCUAGCACCACAUGGAAAUAAUCCUGAGUCGCUGCGGUUGUAUGAGGCACUUGAGGCGGGCUCUAUUCCGAUCGUUCAGUCCGUAGCGGAUCGAAAUAUGGAUUUCUUAGGCAUUGGACUAGGUCCGAAUCCCAUCCCUACGGUCGCGCACUGGAGCGAACUGCCGGAACUUAUUCACAAUCUCACCGCCAGCCCUGAGAAGUUGUUAACACUUCAAAGAGAUGUGAUAUCCUGGUGGCAACACCGGAAACGAGGAAUUCAGGCGAUGGUCCGAUCGAUCGUGGAUUCUUCGUUUGAGCGGGUACAUGGUGAUGGAGCAUAA